AUGAUGGAAUGGCUAAACCUGUUUGAAAGCAGUCAAGCCGUCCUCGUGGAUUUCAUCCAGAUUUUUAUACACACUUGUGCUUUUUAUCCGCAGGUUUAUGAUGUUGCAUUUCAUCCAAAGGCUUUCGAGUUGGCGAAUACGAGUGCUGCAAUGCGUCGUCUGCUUAACGUUACCGCAGUCGAAGGUUUGCAACGUCAGUUUAAUCUUUGCUUGGGUAAAACGGUUCAGCAGGCUUUUCACUUAGCUCAGCUUAUUAAGUCUGCUAGUGAGCCGUUAUCUCGACCAUUGGAUCCCAACUCAACCGAGGAACCCAUGCCGUCUACUGAAAGCACUCGAAAUAGAACUGAGACUGUAGCUCGAGAGGAGGCUAUUUUACGCGCAGUGCAUACUUUGAAGGGAACCACUUACAAAGGAAUGGCGCGACCGGCUGUGAUACGUCGUCGUCGAACAGACUAUGAGGAAUGUCAAGCCGAUCUAAAACGAAGGAUGGAAGAAGAACUGCAAUCCUGCACUGAUCCUAUUCAGCGAGAAACCAUAAAAAAGUUGUCCAAGGUCACUGGCCUAGAUAUCGCUAAAACAGGACCAUCAAAACCGGCCUAUACCAUCACUUACAGUUCCGACUUUGACAUGAUCAAUUGUCGUGAUGCACCUGAUGUAAAUCCCGUACGACCACCGGAUAGACUCCGUAUUUCUGUCAAACUUCCAGGAAUAGUCUCGUCAAAUGCUGUGGAUUUGGAACUGACAGCGACCAAUUUGUCGUUAACGUCUGAAAAGCCAGUGGCGUAUCAACUUGAACUUAAAUUGCCUUAUGAAGUGGAUGACUCAAAAGGAGUUGCGAAAUUCGACAAAAGUACAUGCACACUAGUCGUUACGGCUCCUUUAAUGCAAAAACGCGAUCCGAGUAGCACCGAAACAAAUCCACCAACCGUUCAGCCAUUGAUCACUCCGAUUUCAGUGGAAACAUCAUCCACAGGGGACGACUCUCAUACCAGUCCCGGUAAUUCAACUACAACUUGUGAGUUACAAACCAGAAAAAAGCGCCGGAAAAGAAAUCGCCGUCGCCAGUCGUCCGCAAGCGAUACGGCGAACGAAGGUGAUGCUGCCAAGCCCACUAUUAUGGGGGAGUCAGCUGACCAGAAAACUGAACCAGUGCUAGUUGCACCAGUUGUACACCAUGACCAGCUGGAAUCGGAAUGUUCGCGGUUAGACGAACCAUCGGAUACUGUGCCACGUUCCGAGACAAUCGAAGAAUCAACUGAAACGGAGCAUCUCGUUGCCUCGACGGAACCGAGUUUCACGAUUCCAAUCACACACGUGGGACUACAACAACUAACUGUGUGCAAGGAUCGGCUUCAAUGGUUGGUUCAUAUCCUAUGGAUGCCGGUUCGACGACUGCCCUGA